AUCUCCAUCCGGCGCUCCCGAACAUCCUGCUCGGGGCCGCGCCGCGCGCUCCCGCCAAGCUCGUGUUGAGCCCAAGAGUCAAGGCGAAAAGCAUCCAAACGCACCAGGAGCAGGAGGAGAGCUUCCCGCUGCGACAAAAAAAAAGAGAAACACAACAGAACGUGGGGAGAAAUCCGUGAAAAAUGACAGCGAAGUGAGGAUAAUGAGAGCCGCGAUCGCUUCACUGGAAGGUCAUUCCCGAAAAACACACAAGCAGUGCGCAGACUAUACGGAUAUUUGGAGUACAUAAGCGGCUGCAAGUGAAGACCCCGAAACAGUGAACACACGCAGUCCCGGCUUCUUCUUCUUCUUUUUUUCUUUUUGAUUUUUAUUCUUAUUUGCAGAAAGGCAUGGGGGGAUUUACAUCUCGACAAGGCAGCACCGGCUAGAAGAUCUGACGAGCGGAGAGAGGACAGUGAAUAAGGUCCUUGCUGCCAAGAGGAACUGAAAAAGCCACUUUCUCUCAUCGUCUGUACGCUGGUGGGCUCCAAUAUCACAGCUGAUGACUGUCCCUCAGGUGGCUGGACUGCAGGGCUGAGCGGGAAGCCUGUGUGUUUGCUGAGGGGAGUGCCCCGGCUUGUAUGUUGGUCACUUGCACUUGUAGUCGCUCGCAAGGACCAUGUGGUUUUCUCCAAGGAGAAAUCGUUUCCCCUCGCAGAACUGGCACGGUGCCCACAGUUGCACCAAUUUCAGCGUGUCCUUGUGGGUAUUAAGUUUUUGUUGGUGCUUUGCGGCUGUGAGAAGCCAGAACUACCACCCCACUGUGAACACGCAGUACGGGAAACUCCGAGGGGUGAGGGUGCCCCUGCCUAGCGAGAUCCUGGGGCCAGUUGACCAGUAUCUGGGGGUACCAUACGCUGCCUCUCCCGUGGGAGAAAAACGCUUCGUGCCCCCGGAGCCUCCUUCUUCCUGGUCGGGGAUCAAGAACGCCACCCACUUUGCUCCCGUCUGCCCCCAAAAUAUUCACAAUGCUGUGCCAGAGAUCAUGAUGCCAAUAUGGUUCACCUUCAACCUGGAUAUAGUGACAACGUACAUACAGGAUCAACACGAGGAUUGUCUUUACUUAAACAUCUAUGUUCCAACAGAGGAUGUCAAAAGAAUAUCCAAGGAAUGUGCCAGGAAACCCAACAAGAAAAUGUGUAGAAAAGGAGGGGCCCAUGCAAAAAAACAGGGCGAGGAUUUGUCGGAUAACGACGGUGAUGAAGAUGAAGACAUACGAGACACCGGGGCCAAGCCUGUGAUGGUCUACAUCCACGGAGGAUCCUACAUGGAGGGGACGGGCAACAUGAUCGAUGGGAGCGUCCUGGCCAGCUACGGAAAUGUCAUCGUUAUCACUCUCAACUACCGCGUUGGAGUCCUCGGAUUCCUCAGCACAGGUGACCAGGCUGCUAAAGGGAACUACGGGCUCCUGGACCAGAUCCAGGCUUUACGGUGGAUCAGCGAGAACAUCGGUUUCUUCGGGGGAGAUUCCAACCGCAUCACUGUGUUCGGUUCUGGGAUUGGAGCUUCCUGCGUCAGCCUGCUCACCCUCUCCCACCACUCUGAAGGUCUGUUCCACAGAGCCAUCAUUCAGAGCGGGUCAGCUCUCUCCAGCUGGGCGGUGAACUACCAGCCAGUCAAGUAUACGCGUCUGCUGGCGGAGAAGGUGGGCUGUAACGUCCUGGACACGACAGACAUGGUGGACUGUCUGAGGAAGAAGAGCUCCAGGGAGCUUGUGGAACAGGACAUACAACCAGCAAGGUACCACGUGGCCUUUGGACCUGUAAUCGAUGGUGAUGUUAUCCCAGACGACCCCGAGAUCCUAAUGGAGCAGGGCGAGUUCCUCAACUACGAUAUCAUGCUGGGGGUGAACCAGGGUGAGGGGCUGCGGUUUGUGGAGAACGUGGUGGAUUCAGAGGACGGCGUGUCCGGAAACGACUUUGACUUCUCUGUGUCUGAUUUUGUGGACAGUCUGUACGGCUACCCAGAGGGCAAGGACACGCUGAGGGAGACCAUUAAGUUCAUGUACACAGACUGGGCGGACAGGGACAAUCCAGAGACCAGGCGAAAGACUCUGGUGGCGCUGUUUACCGACCACCAGUGGGUUGAGCCAUCAGUGGUUACGGCUGAUCUCCACGCUCGCUACGGCUCACCCACCUACUUCUACGCCUUCUACCACCACUGCCAGAGCCUGAUGAAGCCUGCCUGGUCGGACGCCGCCCACGGGGAUGAGGUGCCCUAUGUUUUUGGAAUCCCUAUGAUUGGUCCCACUGACCUUUUCCCCUGUAACUUCUCCAAGAAUGAUGUCAUGCUCAGUGCUGUUGUCAUGACUUACUGGACCAAUUUCGCCAAGACUGGGGAUCCCAACAAACCAGUUCCUCAAGACACCAAGUUCAUCCACACCAAGGCCAACCGUUUUGAGGAGGUGGCCUGGUCCAAGUACAACCCUCAGGACCAGCUGUACCUGCAUAUCGGCCUGAAGCCACGCGUGCGCGACCACUACCGUGCCACCAAAGUGGCCUUCUGGAAACACCUAGUGCCCCACCUGUACAACCUCCACGACAUGUUCCAUUACACCUCCACCACCACCAAAGUGCCCCCGCCAGAGACCACGCAAAACACCUUGUCCACCAAGAGGCCCAAUGGGAAAAACUGGCCGUUCAACACCAAGCGGCCCCCCAUGUCCCCGGCCUACAACAGUGAGGACAAAGACUCUUGGAGCGAGGAUGAGGAGACAGGGCCGCUGGUGGUAGAGAACCCCAGGGAUUACUCUACGGAGCUCAGUGUCACCAUCGCUGUGGGAGCCUCGCUGUUGUUCCUCAACGUUUUGGCUUUUGCGGCACUCUACUACCGCAAGGACAAGCGGCGGCAGGACUCCGGCCACGGGCAGCCCAGCCCGCAGCGCCAGACCACCUCCAACGACAUUGGCCACCACGCACCCGAGGAGGAGAUCAUGUCGUUGCAGAUGAACCAGACGCACCACGAGUGCGAGGCGGGGAACAGCAACGAGGGGGCGCUGCGCUUGGCCUCGUUGCCCGACUACACACUCACUCUGCGGCGCUCUCCGGACGACAUCCCGCUCAUGACCCCCAACACCAUCACCAUGAUCCCCAACUCCCUGGUGGGCAUGCCCAACCUGCACCCGUACAACACCUUCACAACCGGCUUCAACUCCACCGGCCUGCCGCACUCCCACUCAACCACCCGCGUAUAGCUUUAAGGAGGCCAGGGGCAGCCAGCGCAGGCGGGGGAGGAGGAGGAGGAGGAAGCGGCGGCGGGGCAGAGGAGGAGGAGCAGGAGGAUGAACGAAUGGAAGAGAGGAUUGUGUUUUAUAAAUAUCACAGGGAAGGGGGAGGGCUGCGAGGGGAGGGGAGGGGAAGGGCAGGAGACGGAUUAAAACGUGAGGAGAUUUAACUAGACUUUUACUACGAGGAGAGUUGCUGAGAGCUCUCUAUGGAUGUCAAGUUGUGCAGAGCUGCCAAAAUCAAACUGCUUCCCUUCUCCUGAACAGGGGAGGGGGUCUUUCUGCAGUGUUUUUUUCUAAAAUAAUCAUUUUAAAAGCCUUUUUAAGCAGACUGAGGAGAUAUCAACACUUUCUUUCUUGAAUUCAUAACAAAAACAAAGAGAAGUGCUUUUUAUUUCCCAUCCCUUCCUCCUGCGGGAGACACAUCUAGAACAAUGGCCUCUACGUCAAUAUUCGCAAAAUGUUCUUAAUUGCUUCGUUGUUUUGUUUUACGUUUCAAUGCCUUACAAAGCUUGUUCUUUUUUGUCAUUAUUUCUAUUCCCUGAGACUAUUCCAUGUGGAGUGUGUUACAAGCAGAUGAGACUCACAGAUGAGAGACUGAAUCCACGAUGGGAAUCUAGAGGAUAUGCAGACGUAGAGAUUUUAAAACCCAUUUUGGGCAACUCAUUUUUUUUUCUGUUGCAUAUCAACACAACAGCCCCACAAAUGGUGUUAUCUUUUUUUUUUCUUUUCUUUUUUUUUUUAGCUCGUAUAGUAAUGAUUUGUCUGGGACAGCUCUUGCCGGGAGAUGAGAAGGCCAAGAGAUAAAUACUAUGUUACUGUGAUUGUUUUGUUAAGAAAAAAAGUGCAUCUUUUACAGCCAAUUUAUCUGUUAAGCUAUCCGAUAUUAUCUCCACAAAGUGUGCACGUACACAUGCUGCUUAGAGCACCUGUGUGUUUGUGUGCAUGUGAAAAUGAUUUCUCAUUCCUUGCGUGCAAGCGUAGUCAAGGGGCUGAGAUAAAGGAAGAGACACAUUGUCGGAACUUGCAAAUGCAAGAGUGGUGAGUGAGUGAGUGUGUGUGAACGAAAGUGUGUGACUGUGUGUGCGCGAGUGUUCGUGUGUGUGUGUGUGUGUGUGUGUGUGUGUGUGUGUGUGUGUGUGUGUGUGUGUGUGUGUGUGUGUGUGUGUGUGUGUGUGUGUGUGUGUCCGUGCACCUGUUUUUUUUGUUUGUAGGUUAUAUAGUGUGGUUUUUUUGGGGGGGUGGGGGCUGAGUACUUUCUCAUGUUGUUGAUUUUGGUUCAUCACAGUAGUGUUUCUGCUGCGUCUCUGGGUGUCUGUCUUUGCAAAAUAGCACUUUUGUUAUUUUUAAAGUUAUAUAUGUCUAAUUUUGCUUAAAGAUUACAAAAUAAAUCUAUUAUUUUAUGUGUAAGAGAAGAAAAAAUAGCUAAAGAUUCAACUGAACUAACUGACAUGAUUCCAUUGACUUUGUAAGAGUUCCUCUUCAAAAGCAGACAGUGGCCUGUUUGCACUGAAUAAACCUAUAUCAGUGCACACUUGUAUUUCUUUGAAUAUAUAUAUAUAAAUAUGGGCAUACAUACAUAUAUGUAUAGGGCUUCUAUGGAGAUAUCGGUCCCACUUACAAAACAAUUAAAACACUGUUCAGACUGAAAAGCACCAACACAAAUAAUUUCUAUGUAUUGUUGUUGUCAUUUGAAACAUACCAGGCCAAGACCACGCUAGGUGUCUUUGUAAGAGCUCUAUAUGUAUAUUUAUGUAUAAAAUAUUUAAUAUUUAUUUAUGUAUACCAGAUGCAUACAUGCUGAUUGUGCCAUGUGCCAAAUUAAAACUGUAAAAAAAUGAAGAAUAUAAAGUUUCACUAAACUUUCUUUUCUCUCUUGAUCAAAGUUCUUUUCCUCCCUUUUUAUGACUUUUUAUUAUUUCCAUUUUGAAUGAGUUAAAAAAGAAAUAUUCUUGCAGCAAGUGCAAGGCUCCCCCCAGGACUUCCUCUCUACCGCCCCUCUUCCUCUCUCCCCUCCUCCUCCUCCUCUUUCUCUCCUUUUCUCUCGCUGAAACCUUUGAGAAAAACAGGCUAACAGCUUGGGGCCUAUCUGCGUGCAUAACUCGAGAUUUUACUGUAAUUCAUGCAAAGUAGUGCUGCAGCAAUGGGAGAUUGUGAAGAGAUUGCCUUGAUGUACUCACAUUGCAUCCUAUUAUAUGUUAUUCUCGAGGAGAAAACUGGAGUUAUUGAUUCUGCGAGUAAAACUGACAAUUUUCAUUAAGUACCUUGGCGUAGCACAGAUUGUCUGCUGCGUUACAGUGAGGAGCAGUAAUGCGACCUGACCAGUGAUCCUAGAUCAGCGUUGAAAUUUUUAGCUACUUCAUGCACGUAGACCUCAACAUUUUUAUGAAGUAUUUCAUUACAGCUUCCCUUGGUAUUUAAUGGUUGGAGACGCAGCAAAGCGAGAAGCACAGUCUGGUCAGCUCAUCACCGAUCCUGCCAGUAGCAUAAAGAGAGAAGAGGUUAUUUGAGGGAAAUUGCUUGGAGACUGAUCUAUAUGAGUCAUCUUGUUUUUGCUCAUCCUGCCUUAUAUGGGGCUCACCUCCUAAUCAGCCACCGUCUUACAGUGAUCCACAGCCACGACGAAAGAACCAAGCAGUCGGUUUCUACCUGGAGCUGCCUCAUACAUACAGAAGCAUUUCAUUUUGGCUGAGUGUGUGUGCUUGCAAAAGGAAUAAGAGCUUGUUUUAGUAGCAAUAUUAUCAGCGGAACUUUGUUAUGUGGCAUAAAAUGAAGAAGCAUCAUGUAACCGAUGACAUUUUCAAGAGCAAAGCGAUUUUUACAAAAUACUCCAGAAUACAAAAUGGAUGUAACCUUUUCUGGCUGAGUCCUAAUAAGUUCUUUGAGGGUCAAUUCACCCAGAUUAUAUAUAUAUAUAUAUAUAUAUAUAUAUAUAUAUAUAUAUAUAUAUAUAUAUAUCUUACUUUAAAACAAAGGACUUCCUCACACAUCUGUUGCAUGAGGCAGGUGUAUAGGAGAGGGAUAAGCAUGUUCAGAAGUUUGUCAGAAUGUCUACCUUGCAAAAACACAUUCAUUUGGUAAUAUUUCUGUUGCAUCAAAUGCCUGAUGAAGGUUUAGCAUAAAAACCUUGCAUUAAUGAAUUUAUUUUUGGAAUUUAGACUGUUUGCAGGAGCUGAAAAAUGAAGGCAGCGGUGAAGUGUCUAAAGUUGCAGUUCCUUGAGCGGCCACUUGAGGCUGCCUCCAAAAGCGACCCCAUGAUUAAAAUUCAACUUUUGCAGCUAAAAUAAACACACAUAAAGCCUGCUACAAAAACAGUUCUGGUCUUGAAAGCUAACUUCCCCAUUUAUGACACCACUAUGGGAUGUGAAUCUUUAUAACACACCCAUUUGAAUUGUAUUAAUAUCACAAAUUCUGCAUAAUUAAGAGCAUGUUUGCUUUGGUACUGUCAAGAUGGCGACAGCUGGAACACAAUGAGCUUCAGGAAACUUGUGAGUGAUGUCAUGGAGCAAUUAAACAUUCUUUCACACAGUCCUUGAUUUAACCAUGCAGAAACGUAAGGUUUUAUUUAUCAUGGUUUUGAGGAACUGAGAUUUCUGUACCCAUCUUGAUACAUCAACAACUACAUAGACUUUUGUUUGUGGUCCUAGCAGCAUUGAAAGAUGAUAUUGAGGAUGUUAGUAAAAAACAAAUUAACCUCUGUUUCUUAAAGAACAGCUGCAAAAACAUUCUUUAAAGUGUUGAAUCAUUUUAGGACUAUUUCUUUGGGUGAAAGAAGCUCAUAAUGAGAUCUGUGGAUUCUUGUUUCAGAUUUUUUUUUCGCUCCUGUGAUCAGUGUUUUUACAUUUACAGUCGAUGAAAUAUGUAUAUGAUCCAGAGGGACUAACUCACAGGUAACCACCCAGCUGUGAAGCCUCCUUCAGCCCUACAUUUCAGCGUGUUUUAUUAAGCUUCGUACCUUUACUGUUUUGGUUCAGUCUCGCUGCUCUGAUUCUCAUGUUUCCUCAUUUUAAAGGACAGCGAAUAUUGGACAGGUGGCCAGAAACAGCACUCCAAAUAAAUGCUAAUGUUGCUCAGUCCCUGCUGGAUGUGUGAAUAAGCAGCUGUUUGCUAACAAGUCUACAACAUGUGAUGUGUGGCCAAAAAAUACAGAAAAAUCAUUACAGUUUGAAUAUCAUUUCAAAUGCUGUUAGCACCAUCUACAAAAUCCCAGUCAACAUUCCAGUCAUUAUUCAUUUAUUAUUUAAUAUGAGUAUGGGCUGCCUGCUAAUUCAGGUUUGCAAGAUGUGGAGGACAGCUCCUGAAAGAAUUAUAGGGAGUGAACCUGAAAGAUUUUUUUGUCAAAAUGUUGAUUUUUUUUUAAUGUAAUUUGGGUGAACUAACCCUUUAAGAGAGGACAUGACUGAAAGUGGACUGUUGCCUCGUCUGAUUCGUGUGCAGUGGCAAGAGUUUCCAUUGGCUCCAACACACACACACACACACACAUACAGUGGCACUGAGCUAAAAUUGAGUGGUGGAGUUGAGAGUGAACUAUCAAAGGGAAGAAAUGUCAUGGGAGGGCAACUUGUUUUUUGCCAUGUAAUUUUCCCAUAUGCUGUUAAAGCAGAGCAGAUGUCACUGAGUAUUGGCAGGGGCAGACCUGGUGGCCUCGGGGACACAGUUUGGGAUACAUGGCCCUGUGAAGAGCCACAUAAUUAAGUGUCGGACCACAGGGAAAGACCAUGGAAACUGCAGUGGUGCGGUGCAGCAAGAGAAAAACGGGGUCAAGUUCCUUCCGCAAUCAGACACCUGAAGGCUUGAUGAAAUUAGUCCAAACUUCCUAUGACAAGAAUCACCAGCAGGAGAAAAAAAAUGGGACAGUUUUGAGAGAGUUUCUUUUCCAUGGUGGAGGUUUGUUUGCAGUUCAGUGAGAGUGUUUCUAAAGUGACAUCAUUCAAGGAUUGGCUGGAAUACCCCGAUGGGGUUUGUGACUGCCUCGACAGCACUGAAGACAAACCCAGGCUAGGAAAUGGAUGUGCCAAAUUACACAGUGCCACCCGCUGGGAAAGAGCUGCAGGUGUGUGGGGGUUCUUCUCGCAUGUGUGUGUGUGUGUGUGGAGAUAUUGAGAAUUUUAUUUCUACCGCAGCGAACAUGGUGUUACCUAUAUUUCCUCUCACCUUCUCCCUCACCUUCAUCUCUCUCUUCCAGUGUCUCAUUCGUCUUUGCUUUCUUCUUCCUCUUUCGUGCACAAACGCUUUUUUUUUCUUACCUCCCUCACACAAAAUGCAAUCUAAGCAGCUCUACCUCUGUCUCACAAAGACAUGACAUGCCCAUUUUCUCUAUCUUCUACUUUUCUAAGUGCCAUAGCCUGUACUCCCGUAAUUUACAGUCAUUUAAGGUCUAAUUUUCUUGAGUUACUGUGUUUCUCUGCUGACUAAGAAGUUAAUGAAUGUUUCUUAUUGGCAAGCAGAGCAGACUCAGUCACUGAAUCAAAACUCUUGUACUUUCAAUUUAAAUAGCCUGUUUUUCUCCAAAAGGGAAACCAUACUGCAUUGUGUCAAAACAUCUACAAUCUAUUAUUUCCUUGUGAAAAAUGCACUCUUGACAAUUUUCCUUUACUCCCUCACAGCAUAGACAAAUCACUGGCAUAUUUUUCAGGUUGUCCUAACAAGGAGCGUCCCGCACUGGAGCUUUUUUUUUGGUGGCAUCAAACCCAGAUACUGUAACACACUUUUCACUGCAAACUAGGACUGUAAUCAAGAAAACCAAUGGUCUUUGAGCCCAAAUACAUCGUGAUAAAUCUCUGUUAUCUCAGUGUCAUUGUACAGAUUACUAAAGAUGCCCUGUUACUUCUAUGUUUAUGUCCAUAGAAUGUAUUUAUAAUCACGGAAACUGGAGUAAUCAAAAUAAAAUAUCUAUUCUUUCUGUA